AUGGUUCUAGGCACCGAUAAACCUCAGAAUGUCGCGCCUUCAGGACCUCGUGAUCUUGGCUCAGCUCAUCAGAAACCCUAUUUUCUUUCUCUUGACUUAUCUACCGAAAAAAUGGGAUUGAUAAUCGUAGAUGAAUCUCUGAAUGUUAUAUUCGGUGAAUGUGUCAAAUUUGAUACUGACCUUCCGGAGUAUAGAACUCAGAAUGGCUGCCACACGGACGGCGAAGUAUCGACCUCUCCCACCCACUUACAUGUCAAAGCACUGGAUAUCUUGCUGCAAAAAGUAUCAUCUCAGGUUGAACUCAAACGCGUGAAGUGCAUUUCUGGAUCGGCCCCGCAACAUAGUUCAGUAUGGUGGUCAAAGGCAGCAUCGGCACUUCUCUCCAGGCUAGCCCCUAACAAGCCCCUACAUGAACAAUUACCGCCAGAGCAGACAUGGACCCUACCCAACCCUCCCAAUUUCUACGAUACGUCCACGGACGCGCAGGCACAAUCUCUUGAGUGGCUGAUUGGUGGCUCAGAAGAGACGGCACGCAGGUCCGGUGUUCGGGCAUUUUGCCGCUUUACAGGUGUCCAGAUCAUGAAAGUUCAACAAACACGUCCAAAUAUAUUGGAAGCCACUGACCGUAUAUCUUCGGCAUCAUCUUUCUUGUCUUCUUUGUUGCUAGGCAGUAUUGCACCGUUGAGUGAAAGUGAUGCUGCAAGCAUGAGCUUAUGGAGCAUGAACGACAAGAAAUGGGAUCCGCUAGUGCUUAAUUUUAUCAUGGGCAACGAUUCUUCACAGUCCGGUACGUCAAACGAAGCUACCAAACUGAGUCAAAAAUUAGGAAAACCUUACCUUGAUAACUCAGUCUCGCUAGGACCCAUUGCGAGCUAUUUUGUUCGCCGGUAUGGAUUUUCAGCGGACUGUCAGAUUGUCGGCUUUCUGGGCCACCAUCAAGCUACAUUUCUGAGUCAGCCCCUCAAGCCACGAGAUGUGAUGAUUUGCUUGGGGGACUGUGAUUCGGACUCCGUUCUUAUGCCGCUGCCACAUUAUCUACCCGAUUCAACUCGUCAAAUCCUUCCCAACCCAGUGAAGUCUUCGUCGAAUUUUGCCAGUCACAUGCCCUUCAUGGCGCUACUCGAAUAUAAAGAUGCUGAUUUGGCGCGACAUUUUCUUCGAGAUACAUAUUGUAAUGGGUCUUGGCAUACCUUUGACACACUCGUAACUUUGAUUGCGGAAGGUGGAACGAUAGGUCUUGAUGACAAGCUCUACACCUUUUUCUGGCCACAUGGAGAGUUGGGGAGCUGGCAGGGUAUUUCAAGAUUUGAAGCAGGCCAGCGUAUCAAGGAAUUCAAGGAUCAGCGAGUCAACCCACGCUCUUUACUAGAAUCUCAGUUUCUCACAAUGCGCCUCCAACUUUCUCGUAUCAGUCAAAGGCUCAGGAAUCUAGGAAGUAUAGAUGAAACUUUAGCAACUACCUACAGCUUACUUGGCUUCAAUCCAUAUGACCAUUCAGUUCUACCAAAACGUAUCAUUGUCAUGGGGAAAGCAUCAGGAAGUCGCGUGAUGAUUGAUUUGCUAUCAUCAAUAAUGGGUGUUCCGGUCUAUCAGUCCGUUGCUCUUUCUCCCAUCACUUACUCGACGGUUUUCUUAGGAAACCAGCUAGCUAUCACGCCUGCUGCCCUUGGAUCAUGCUACAAGGCUGCUUGGACAUAUAGUCGCCAGUUUAACGCCAAUCAGUCCUACGAUGAUUUCCUUGGGGAGCGGAAUAUACAGCGCUCAAAGCGUUUGAGGAGUUCCGAUACCCGAAACACAUCCACGUCACUUAUCCAGACGCCUAUUGCAAGACUUGAGAAAUCCGAUGUAUCUACGCCAUCGUCACUACCGGAUCAGCGGGCAAGCGGGGGACCUUCGAGCGCGAAUGCUGCGCCUCCCAUUUGGAAUCAAGACCCUGCGUCACCGGACCUAUCCAGCGAUUCUACAACGCCGAUUGUUUCCAUCCUGACUGACUCAAAGGAUAUGGAAGAUGGAUUAGUCAAGGUGGCAGAGCCUGAUGAAGACUCCUUUCAAAGAUACGGUGGACAAGUUGAGGAGUUUGCACGACUUGAAAACUGCAUACGACGUGGAGUGCUUUGA